AUGGCGCCGUCCGUAGAGAAGACGCGCACCCCGCUCAAGAUCCUCAUGCUGCACGGCUACACGCAGUCGGGUCCCCUGUUCCAUGCCAAAACCCGCGCUUUGACGAAACACAUCCAGAAAGCCUUUCCGUCGCACGAGGUCAAUGCCAUCUACCCCACUGCCCCCAUAAAACUCGAUCCCAGCGAUAUUCCCGGCUACGAGCCCUCCGAGACCGCGCAGGAGCCCAUCGAGGCAUACGGGUGGUGGCGGCGGUCCAACACCGCCGACCCGCCGCUGUACACGGGGAUGGAGCAGGGGCUAGCGACGGUCGCCAAGGUGCUCGCCGAAGAAGGCCCUUUUGACGGGGUCAUCGGGUUCUCGCAGGGUGCGGCCUUUGCGGGCAUGCUGGCUGGGUUACUGGAAGGGCGGCAGGAGAGCUUUGCGCGGUUCGAGAAGGAGGCGGACAAGGCGACUGGGGUGGCAGGCAUUCCGUUCCCGGAAUCGUUUGUGGGACUAGAUCAUCCGCCGCUCAAGUUUGCGCUGUGUUACUGUGGGUUCCGGGCGCCGGGGGCGAGGUAUCGGGCAUUUUAUGAGGAGCCGAAGAUCCAGACGCCGGUGCUGCACGUGAUUGGGACCUUGGAUUCUGUGGUUGACGAGUCCAGGACGAGAUCGUUGAUUGAGGCUUGCGAGGGGACCCGGAGAAGAAGGGGCAUGUUGUUUUUCAUCCCGGGUCUCAUUUUAUUCCUUCUGGAGAAGGGCAAUGGGGCGAAGGAUGCCGGGGAGGAGGAUGUCAAUGAUAUGGAUGUUCCAUUUUGA